AUGCUGGAUACCCAUUGGUUCCUUUCCACAUGUUUUCUGAAGCUUAAUGGCGCCUAUCGUUUCAUUCUUGAGGGUCGUGUCGAUCUCAACUCUUGUGACUGCAUCUAUGAACAAAAGUCUUUUAGCAAAUGGCCAAAUGUUUUCGUUGUGACAACUAAUUGUCGCGGCAAACGGCGCGACUAUCUUUUUUCUGCUAGCACUCCCGAGGACAUGAACAGCUGGAUUGUACAACUCACAACGGUUCUACGCAUGGUACCCGAGCAAAUUCCCGGAAAGCAAUUUUCGGACCGGAUUGGUCGAAACGGCACCACUGUGAGCCCGUUCCCGCAACACCGACCAAUCAUGUCUGGCGCCGCGUCUUCCUCUGCCUCGCCAAUUAAUAAUCUCCCGUGGGUGUCCAAUGCGUCAAGUGUGAAACACACCCGUCGGACAUAUGUUUCUGUGGCCAAAACAAUUGUGUGGUGGUGGUGGUGCGGUGUUCCCAUGGCUCCUUGUCUCUACAACCCCGACCCCGCGCGUGUUCCCACGCUCACACGCACCAUCAACUACACCUGGCGUCAAACCCAAGGUCGCAAGUCAAAUUACCAAAACGCACCAUCAAACUCGAACUCACACGGUUACUAUGGUCAAGGCCUAACGGAGGAGUACCGAACGUCGUUUGGGGACCCGGACGAUGAUGACGAGGAUUGCUAUCGGAUGCUACCUCAGCCAGACCACGCCUACGUGAAUCUCAAGACCAGCGCAAGUUUCAGGGAUCAAUCUGCACCCCAGAAGGAAUCAGGCAGUCCCCAAGACCAAAGUACCCACAAUGGAUCGCGUCCCGAUAGUGUCUACUUCAAUGUGUGGGACUCCUCCACGGGCAACGUCUGUGUCGAAGACGCCCGCGUUGUGUAUCGAAAGAGCCGGCUGGAUUUAGAGCCACUGGAACUGGAAUGUGUGGACGUCAAGGAGCAAAAAGAGCCUGAAGCGGAUUCACCACACCAAGACGAUGGACAAGGCGGGGUUUCAGUGCCACCUCCCGAAGAGCCUGCUGCUCCGUCCCAGCCAUCGGAUUUCAACGAGUGCGCACUUCCCGUUCGUUCACGAGUCCGGGCCACAUCAUCGUCGUCGAGUACCAACUCCGAUGACGACGCGGAAGACGUCGACAACGACGACGCGAAGGCAGUUGAGGGAGCCGGCGAGGCCGAGGCAGCACCGUCCGACUCCGGCGAACUAACUCCUCCACCGUCGAGCUUCGUCGCCGACUCCAAGCCAGGAGACGCGCCGACGGAGGUGGACAGUGGCAGUGCAACCGGGGGACCGGUUAUCCAGUACCUCGAUGCGAAAAAUCUCGAUUUCUCUCAACGCCACCGACGAGGCAAAGGCGCGCCAGCCGUGCCGCCCAAACCCGCGCACCUGCGCAAGACGCCCGUGAACGAGGCGAGUAGCGUGGGCAGUUCGGCGGACGUCGGCUCGAGUGGGGAGCAGAUUGAGUACAAGGAGCUGGACCCCCGUGGCACCCAGGCGCUCUUCAUGGUCACCAAACAGGUCUUUGGCGACACCGAGGCCUACUAG